AUGUCAGGCCAGGACUCACUUUCAGAUAAGGCCAACGGUGGUCAGAGCGGCCAAUCGCAGCCAGAUGAUGAUAAAGUGGGAGUUAUCGAGACUCCUACUUUGGAAGCGAUUGGUGAAGAGGCGUGGGCGAUCGAUCCCCAAGCCGAGGCUCGAGUUGUGAGGAAGAUUGAUCUUUUCCUCAUGCCGGCCAUGGUAAUCGGAUAUGGACUGGUAUACUACGAUAAAGCAAUUCUCGGAAGCGCAGCACUAUUCGGCAUGACAGGAGAUCUCCAACUGUCAGUUGUUGAUACCUCUGUGAUCCCACCAAAGACGGACACCACUCGUCUGAGCUGGGCAACUUCAAUCUUCUACUUCGGUCAGCUUAUCGGCUCAUAUCCCAUGACCUACCUCCUGCAAAGGUUCAACACGCGUUGGACUCUGGGUCCGGUUGUCAUGAUCUGGGCCCUUAUAUGUGCUGCCACAGCCGGAGUGACUUCAUGGCAAGGACUUCUUGUUCAACGUUUCUUCCUUGGUUUCACUGAAUCCAUCAUCCCCACGGCAUUCAUGACAACAGUCAGCGGGUACUACACACAAAAAGAGCAAGCUCUUCGACAGAGCUGGUGGUUCUCGGGCACCGGCUGGUUUACGAUUAUCGGAAGCGCCCUGAACUAUGGCUUUGCUCAAAUCAAAGGAGGAUCUCUGACACCGUGGCAGUACACCUACGUUUUUGCGGGCGGUCUGACGUUUUUGUUUGGGAUCUGGUGCUUCUUCCUACCAAACUCCCCGCUUACGGCUUGGUUUCUCGACCCUGAUGAGAGACUGGUGGCUGUGGAGCGUCUUCGUCAUGGCCAGACUGGUGUGAAGAACCAGACUAUCAAAGGCAGUCAGAUCAAGGAGGGAUUACUGGAUCCCAAGGUCUGGCUUGUGGCUUUGACGAUGGCAUCAGGAUACACUGUCAACGGCGCUGUUUCUGGCUUUGGUCCUCUCAUCGUCUCAACAUUCGGCUAUUCCGCCCUUGACAGCAUUCUCUUCCAAUUCCCUCUCGGAGCCAUUUGCGCCGUCGGCAUCCCUCUUACCGGAUGGCUGUGUUCCAAGUACCGCAACAUCCGCAUCAUCACCCUCAUUGCUUGCACACUACCAGUCAUUGCGGGCUUCGUCAUCAUCUGGAAGUCACAAUGGGGCCAUAAGCCAGUAGCCCCCGUCGUUGGCUACUCACUGAUCGGCUUCUUCGGGCCCGUGGUGAGUUUGACGGUGACGCUAGGGGCCAGCAACGUUGCUGGAGAGACGAAAAAGAGUUUCAUGGCUUCUGCGGUCUUCGUCGCGUACUGCGUGGGAAACAUUGUCGGACCGCAGCUUGUAAGAAGCGAGACGAAGGCGCAGCAUUAUCCCGAGCUUUGGACUGGUCUGAUUAUUUGUUAUUGCGUCACGAUUUUGUCGGCUGCUACGUUAAACUUCGUCCUCUGGCGGGAAAAUAAGAGACGUGAUGGUCUUGGGUUGGAUGAGGGUGAGAGGGAUAGGCUCGCUUUCAAGGACCUUACGGACAAGGAGAACCUUCAUUUCAGAUACGUUCUCUAG